AUGUUUCCUCGCCCAACCGACGCAGGCCUCUGGCUGAUGGGCUGUUGCUGCGACCGGAGUAACCAGGUCCACUCGGCAGGCGGCUUGGAGAGGCAGCGUUCGUGCACGGACCCUGGUUGGCUGCUCGUCUUCGCCGCCUUUAGUGCAGGGCUGGGUGUUCUGCUGAGUUGGGCAGUGCGCAAGGGUGGCGACCCACUGCGGCUGCUUCACGGCGUGGACAGUCAUGGCAACGUGUGCGGCCGCGGCGACCAGCGGCCACUGCCCGGCGUGCCGGGAUCCGGCCAGAACACCACGGGACUCACACUCCUGGUUCUGGAGGAUGCGAUGGGCCACAAGCGACACUGCGCUGCCAGCUGCCCGCCAGGCUACAGGCAAACCGUGUUCCGAAGGUGCGUCCUGGACUCCGGUCCCGUGGGGUUCGUGCAGCGCACAGUCAACGUCAGCGGCAUGCUCAUUCAGGAGGUUGUUCAAGACCUGGCCGCCUGCCGACAGGAGCUGGGCUACAUGGGCCUGGUGGCGAUAGGGCUCAGCGUGGUGGCACUGUUCCUUCUGCGCUACUGCGUAGCGCUGCUCGUGUGGCUCCUACUUGCGACGGUGUCCCUGGGAUGCGUUGGAGGGACGUGCUAUCUCUGGUUCACGUGGAAUGCCCGGCGGCGCAACGCUCAACCAAACCAGGUAGCCUGGCUCGUGGCCGCCAUAGCUGGAACCACGGGCAUGGUGCUGUUGAUGCUCACGGUGCUGGUGCUGCGCAAGCGGAUUCAGCUGGUGACUGCUCUGUUCGGAGAGGCCGGGAAAGCGCUCACCGCCAUGCCAGGUCUGCUACUGCAGCCAGCCUGGACGCUGUGCUUCUGCGCGGUCAUUUGGGCGGCUGGAGCAGUCGCGAUGCUGGUUCUGCUGACGGCGGGUGACGCGGCGGUCGCCAAGGAAGGCGCUGACGUGACAGUGCUGCUGAGACAGGACUCGCUGCUUCGCCUCGGGCCCUGGUACCUCUUGCUGGCCCUGUGCUGGCUGCUCCAAGUGGCCGUCAGUUGCCAGGAGGUCGUGGUGGCAGGCGCCGCGGCAGACUGGUACUUCUACAGGGGCACCGGGUGGUCGGCGCAGUGCGCCAGUCUGUGGCGACUGAUGCGCUACCACUUGGGCUCCGUGCUUCUGGGCUCGCUGCUCGUCGCCAUCGCCCGAGUGCUGAAGCUAGCCUGCAAGUUCGCCAGCCGUCGCAAGCCCGACAAGAAAACAGCCUGCUGUCUCUGCUCGUGCUGCAGCAUAGCGGCACUGAGGUUUCUCAACAGAAACGCCUUCAUCAUGCUCGCUGCCCGCGGCUACAGCCUCUGUCGUGCUGCAAGUGAGGCCUGGCAGCUGCUGUCGCGCAAUGCCCUACGCGUGGCUACGGUCAACUGCGUCGGCGACUUCGUGCUGCUGCUCGCCAAGGCGUCCGUGGUCGCCGGCACAACGCUCGCCGGACACAGGCUCACCGAGGCCAAGGCGGGCUACCUGCUGUGGGGCCCGUGGGCUCCCCUGACGGCGGGCGCGCUGUUCUCCUUCCUGGUGGCGCACUGCUUCCUCUCGGUCUACGAGAUGACGCUGGACACGCUGUUCCUCUGCUUCUGCCACCAGAGCGAGGAAAUCGAACGCGCGGGAGUCUCCACCAUCGCCGUGCCCGACGCGCUCGCCGCCUUCGUGGAGAGGAGUGGCAGCGUGGCGCACCGUCCCAAAACAACGCUACGAUUAUGAAGAACGUCGUGGCUCCGGAAAUCUUCAACGUGGACCUAAAUCGAAGUACACGCGGGCCUCAAUUAUUUUCGUCUCCACCGAAAAUGCGGAGCAUUGAGGGGGGCGUAAUUCGACAGCUCGGACUCGGGGCCACAGCUUUUAGGUCCAGCGAGCGGCCGUUGCCAGAGGGUCCCUGACUUGGGGCCACAGCCACUUAUCUCGGCUGACCCAUUUCGGUAAAGUUACUGCUGCCUUGAGACUGCGAGCCCAGAACGGAGUUGAUUGCUCGAGGGAAACCAUUUCAAAUAGCAUUUACAACCUUCGUCGUUCAAAAGAGAGCGCCAACGUGCACCGGCACUGUUGCUCAACAAAAUAAAAUUGUCAUGUGUCCGUGUCUAGUUUCACACA